CUUCCCGUCGCCAUUACUCUCUCGUCCUCUUCCUCAUUCUGUACAAUCCUAGAAAUUACUUCAAAGUUGCUAUAAUUACCUCUACACCGCUGUAAUAUAUCAUAACCUAAAAAAAUGACCGAGAAAGAGACUAUUGCUAUCGGCACCCGCAAGUCAGCCCUGGCCAUUGCUCAAACAGUUGAAGUCCAGGCUGCGCUCGAGAAACUCAACUCUUCAAAGACAUUCCCCUUGUUGAGAAUGAGUACCACGGGCGACAACAUCCAAGGUCAGCCCCUAUCCUCCAUCGGGACGACUGCGCUCUUCACCCGUGAGCUUCAAACCUCAUUAGAAAAACAUGAGUGUGACUUGCUAGUUCAUUCCCUCAAAGAUGUUCCUACUCAAGUCAAACCAGGUUUUGUCAUUGGUGCAAUGAUGAGACGUGAGGAACCCAACGAUGUCAUUGUCAUGCGUCCGGGCGAAUUUAAGGAUCUUAAGGACUUCGGUCCAGGAGAUGUCAUUGGUACAAGCAGUGUUCGCCGUGCCAGUCAGAUCAGGCGUUUGUGCCCAGGCGUCCAAGUCAAAGACGUCCGUGGAAAUGUGAAUACACGCUUGGCCAAGUUGGAUGCACCUGAUUCGCCUUAUACUUGUCUCUUGUUGGCAGCUGCUGGUCUUCAGCGUCUCAACCUUGAUCACCGAAUCACUGCCAAGUUACCGCCAAGCUCUAUGCUCCAUGCUGUUGGUCAAGGGUCGAUUGCGAUCGAAUGUAGAGCGAACGAUAAAGAGGUCUUGGAGAUAAUUAAACCUUUGGAUCAUUUGCCAACUCGUCUGCGCUGUGAAGCUGAACGGAGUGUGAUGAAAAUCUUGGAAGGUGGAUGCUCUGUACCGAUUGGAGUGUGGACUGAAUAUGAAUUGGGCUCAGAAAAUGUGGGUACAUUACGUUUGAAAGCAUUGGUGUCUUCAUUAGAUGGAACAGAGGUUGCAGAGGCCGAGGCCGUAGCCGAGGUCAAUGGAAACGUAGAGCUGGCGAUCGAGCUUGGUCGUAAUGUGGCCAUGCAACUCUUGGCUAAGGGAGCUGAUAAGAUCUUGGACAAGGUCCUCCGCGAUCGUCAUGCUACUUUGGAACCCGCUGGCACGGGCGAAGAGAAAACGAUCAAAGGAUGGGAGGUAUAA